AUGGAGAAUAGAUCGCCUUUUAAGCUUCUCGCUUCCAGGGGGUCGGAUUCCAUCAACGUAAAACACCAUAUUGUCAAAUACAACUGGAUUGACGGCGCCGACACCUUAGAAAACUACAAGCCCGGAGGCUACCACCCAGUCCUCAUCGGCGAUGUACUCCACAACCGCUACCGCAUCGUAGACAAGCUAGGUUUCGGAGGGUACUCAACAGUGUGGCUAGCACACGACACACACCAGGAAGAAUACGUCGCCGUCAAGAUCGGCAUCGCAGACUCGCCCUCCAUAUCCCAAGAGCUAAAAUGUCUCCGAGCACUCUCUGCUUCUUCGAAACCAGCCCACCCCGGCCACGAAGCUAUCCCCACUCCCCUAGAUGAAUUCGAGCUCUGUGGCCCGAACGGGGUUCAUCCGUGCUACACGAUGGUACCGACACGUUGCGAUCUGAGAGAGGUGUCAUUCGGCCACUUGUUUCCCCUCGAGGUGGCGCGGGCGUUGGUCGGGGGUCUGACGAGGGCGAUUUCGUAUAUGCAUUCGUGUGGAUACGUUCAUGGGGACAUCCACCUCCGCAACAUUCUCCUCCAGCUCCCACCCAGCCUCAACCACCUCUCCAUCAAACAGUUCUACGAGAAAUACGGCGACCCAGAUGCCGUCCCCAUCACUCUCCGGGACGGAACAGCAGGGCCCCUAUCACCCAACGUCCCCCCAACGGCAGUCACUCCUCUCUAUCUAGGCAUAGAUGCAGAGGACUUCCAGCUGCACGACGCGCGCCUCCUCCUCAGCGACUUCGGCGAGUCAUACGCCCCCGAUGCGCCCCCUGAGACGCGAUUUGGGCCGCACGCACCGCUGUCGUAUUCGGCUGAUAUCUGGUGUUUGGGGGUCGCAAUUUGGGAGAUCCUAGGCAUGAAGGCCCUCUUUAGCAACGAGUACGUCACUGAGGAUGAGAUGGUCUCUCAGCAUAUUGAUGUGCUGGGACCGAUGCCUGCUUGUUGGUGGGAGCGCUGGGAGGGGAGGGGGAAAUUCUUUGAGCCAGAUGGUCGUCCGAUUGAGGGUAGGGAGGUAUGGCCUGAGCUUGGGCAAUCGUUUGAGUACAGUAUCCAGCAUUAUCGACGGAAGUGGCAGAUUGGGGUGUUUGGGGAGGAGGAAACGCGGGCGAUUCUCGAUCUGGUUCGGAGGAUGUUGGUGUUUGAGCCUGACGAACGGUUGACGAUUGAGGAGGUUUUGAAAUCGGGGUGGAUGGUACGAUGGGUGAUUUCUGAGGGAGGACAAUAA